ACAGAAGUGCUUUUCACCUUGAGCAGUGUCGCCCGAGGAAGUCAGACUCAGCCAGCAUGAAGACUGAAUCUUGUCUGGUCUGAUUUGUAAACCAUGAUUUUCUAACUAUGUGCAAGGUGGAGGUUAGAGCGUGGAAACUAAAACCUUACUUCCUGCCUGACAUAACUCACUUCAAGAAGUACACAAUGUCAGAACGUGGAAUUAAGUGGGCUUGUGAAUACUGCACGUACGAAAACUGGCCGUCUGCAAUCAAGUGCACCAUGUGUCGAGCGCAGAGACCGAGCGGGACAAUCAUCACCGAAGAUCCGUUUAAGAGCGGCUCGAGCGACGUCGGCCGAGACUGGGAUCCUUCGAGCACCGAAGGAGGGAGUAGCCCGCUGAUCUGCCCGGACUCGAGUGCCAGACCCAGGGUGAAGUCUUCCUACAGCGUGGAAAACGCGAACAAGUGGUCCUGCCACAUGUGUACGUACUUGAACUGGCCACGCGCGAUCCGCUGUACCCAGUGUCUGUCCCAGCGUAGGACCCGGAGUCCUACCGAGUCUCCCCAGUCCUCAGGGUCUGGCCCGAGACCGGUCGCUUUCUCUGUCGACCCUUGCGAGGAAUACAACGACAGGAACAAGCUCAACACAAGGACCCAGCAUUGGGCCUGCUCCGUGUGCACUUACGAAAACUGGGCCAAAGCGCCACAGUGUGUUGUCUGCGACCACCCCCGGCCCAACAGCAUCGAAGCGAUAGAACUGGCGGAGACCGACGAGGCCUCUUCGAUCAUCAACGAGCAGGACCGCGCUCGGUGGAGGGGGGGCUGCAGCGGCGGGAACAGCCAGAGGAGAUCCCCGCCUGCUCCGAAGCGGGACUCCGAAAUGAAGAUGGACUUCCAGCGGAUCGAGCUGGCUGGGGCGGUUGGCAGCCAGGAGGAGCUCGAAGUGGAUUUCAAAAAGCUAAAGCAAAUAAAAAACAGAAUGAAAAAGACUGACUGGCUCUUCCUCAAUGCUUGUGUGGGGGUCGUGGAAGGCGACCUGGCCGCCAUAGAAGCGUACAAGUCAUCGGGCGGGGACAUUGCCCGGCAGCUGACCGCAGACGAAGUGCGCUUGCUGAACCGGCCUUCCGCUUUUGAUGUCGGCUACACUCUGGUGCACCUGGCCAUCCGCUUCCAGAGGCAGGACAUGCUGGCCAUUCUGCUCACCGAGGUGUCUCAGCAAGCAGCGAAGUGUAUUCCAGCAAUGGUGUGUCCUGAGCUGACAGAGCAGAUCCGGCGCGAGAUCGCGGCUUCUCUGCAUCAAAGAAAGGGGGACUUUGCUUGCUAUUUCCUGACUGACCUUGUCACAUUUACGUUGCCAGCAGAUAUUGAAGAUUUACCUCCAACAGUCCAAGAAAAAUUAUUUGAUGAGGUGCUUGACAGAGAUGUGCAAAAAGAGUUAGAGGAAGAAUCUCCCAUCAUAAACUGGUCCCUGGAGCUGGCCACCCGGCUGGACAGUCGUCUGUAUGCACUUUGGAACCGCACUGCCGGGGACUGCUUACUUGACUCGGUCCUGCAGGCCACCUGGGGCAUUUAUGACAAGGACUCGGUGCUUCGCAAAGCCCUGCACGACAGCCUGCACGACUGUUCACACUGGUUUUACACGCGUUGGAAAGAUUGGGAAUCGUGGUAUUCUCAGAGCUUCGGUUUACAUUUCUCUCUCCGAGAGGAGCAGUGGCAGGAAGACUGGGCGUUCAUCCUCUCCCUCGCCAGUCAGCCUGGAGCGAGCUUGGAGCAGACGCACAUUUUUGUCCUCGCGCAUAUUCUUAGGCGACCAAUCAUAGUUUAUGGGGUCAAAUACUACAAGAGUUUCCGGGGAGAAACUUUAGGAUACACUCGGUUUCAAGGUGUUUAUCUGCCUUUGUUGUGGGAACAGAGUUUCUGUUGGAAAAGUCCGAUUGCUCUGGGCUAUACGAGGGGCCACUUCUCCGCCCUGGUCGCCAUGGAAAAUGACGGCUACGGCGGCCGGGGCGCUGGUGCUAACCUGGACACGGACGACGACGUCACCAUCACGUUCCUGCCUCUGGUGGACAGCGAGAGGAAGCUGCUCCACGUGCACUUCCUUUCUGCGCAGGAGCUCGGCAACGAGGAGCAGCAGGAGAAGCUCCUCCGGGAGUGGCUGGACUGCUGCGUGACCGAGGGCGGCGUGCUGGUGGCCAUGCAGAAGAGCUCGCGGCGGCGCAACCACCCGCUGGUCACGCAGAUGGUGGAGAAGUGGCUCGACCGCUACCGGCAGAUCCGGCCCUGCACGUCCCUGUCCGACGGGGAGGAGGACGAAGACGACGAGGACGAGUGAGAGCCGGGGCCGAAGACCGAGGGACGGGCGCUCCGGAGCCGGGUGUGCGGGCUCCCGGGCAGAGCGCCUGGCCGGCCGCAAGGAGCAGACCGGCCGGGGCGGGGCGGGGCGGGGCGGCCCGGGGGCCUCCCCGGGGCCUCCCCACCCGCGGCCGGCCGGACGCCAGACGGCCGGCUCGGACUCGUUUGUGAAACACGAAGACAGAACUUCCCCUUUCACAUUGUAAAUCUGUCUAUAAAGUAACGCAUGUGGUUGUGUAGGAAGUUGUGUGAUAGGAGACGUUGUACCAGCAUCUUCAUAUUCCUGAGAAGUUUCCCAGCAUGGCACCUACCAGAGCACAUGGCAGGUGGCUCGUGGCUCCUGGCUCCUCCGAGACCUUUCAAGCAGAACCUGGCUCUCUGCUCCCACCACAAAGACCCAUUUCCCGUGCAGUCUCACUAGAGCUCGUUAGAGACUAAAUUAUUCACAGCAAACCGUAAAUGAACGACAAGCUUUUUAUUUUAUUAAUGAUUUCGUUCCUGUUGUGCCCAAUAAAAUCCAAUCUUGAAGGAACAAAUUGCAAGGCAAGAUUUUUUUUUUUCCUUUUUUUUUGAGUGAGCUUCAUAGAUGUUGUUUCCCUUAUUUGUAAAGGGUUUUGGUUUCUACUACUACUUUUUUCGAGUUUUCUGACAACGCCCCCCUUUCAGUAUUUAGAUAUUCGUUUGUUGGGAAGAGAGCCCUUGCAGAGGACUCUGCCCGACGGGGCGGCGGUCAGUCUGACUCUUCCCUCCCGGGAUGCCAGCCGGGGUUGCGCCCGUGAGGUGAAUCGUGGGAACUUUCUCUCUGGCUCGAGCGACGGUGGCAUAUUCCCAACUGGGCAGGCAGAGGGCCUCUCUGGGUUCCUGCUGGAUUUCACCGCCUCUGCUUGAAGGUAGAAAGGCAUGCCUUUGCUUGCGCUAAUUGGGAAUAUCCGUUCCGCAACGAAUAAGGAUUCUAAAAUCGCAGCGGGGUGGUGAUUGCGUCGUGUGAGUUCCUCAGCGAGCAACUGAGAAUUUCUGCAUGUCGGCUGCCUGUGGCCAUCUUAUUUCAAGUUGGGUAGAAAGGAAGUCUUGCUAUCAAGAAGUAUUAUUUGACCACUUCAGGUUUAAAUUGAAUACUGGGUAAAAAUUUCCGACCUCUCUCAGGAACACAGAGACUCCGUGUCCUGAUAAGCACUUUGUAGACCAUUAACCGCGUGGCGAGGAAUCUGGGGACCGCCCCGGUGUGUGUACAUGGUGGGUCCGUCCACACACGCGCUUCUCCUUCCCUUGGGUGAAAAGGCUGUGAAACCUUUUAAAAUAUUUGCUUCUUGUUUUCUCCUGAGUUCUGUUUAGAUGGUAUUGAACUGUGCACAACCUCAGUUUUAAUGCUGGAAUACUAAAAAUAGAAAA